UUAACAAUCUUGCAGUGAGCGUGUAAGGAUGUCUUAUACUGUGGUAGCAGUGAUAUUCAACUUAUACCUCUUGUUACUGAAAGGUCAAACUGUGAACCUAACGCAAGACGUUGAAACGCAACUGAUCAACGCCACUGUGGGAGAACAGGUGCUAUUCUCUACCAAUUGCUCGCCGUGCAUCAAUCGAUCCGUAGAGUGGAAGUAUCUCUCUGACGCUGUCAGAUGCUCAGACCCCAAAGAGCACUCCGACCAUACUGUACGCUCCAUCGUAAUGGUGUCAGACGACAUUGACAAGGCGAGAGUUUUUGACAUUUACAAGGAUCGGGUCAAUUUUUACACAAACAGCUCAUUGCAACUGUUACACAUUCAGCUGAAUGAUUCAGGAUGUUACACACUAACGAUAACAGACCCUCAAGGGAAGAUAGUGACGUUGAGAAAAGUGCUAUCAGUCUUUGAAGCAGAAACAAGCAAGCCGCACAUCGAUGGUAAAAACGACACAUUAACAAUUAAAAUUGAUGAGAACGACAGGUGGAAAAGUAUUGGCAUCAUCAUUGGUGCUAUUGUGCUUGUUGCAGCCUGUGCACUGUUCAUUGUAGCCAUUGGACAUUUCAUAAAGAAAAGGAGAAAAGGCGGUAGACUUGCUGAUGAGAAGAUCAAUGAGGACUUGAACAAUGAUAAUCCAAUGGUGGUUUACUCAACAUUUGUAGGCGGAUUUCACGAAUUCGGGAGGUCGCUUCAAAAUGCCUCUCUCAACCAAACCUGAAUGACAUAGAGGGAGAUUGCGUAUGAUAAGUGCGUACAUCACAUGAUAAAAAUAUGCACAUUUGCCACUGCAAUGCAUUUCAUUGCACUGCACUGAAAAGGAAAUGGGGACUGGGAACUGAAUUUGUAUGGCAGCAUAGCUGGACAUGUUUCAGUUAAGAGCUCUUUGAGUUGGGUUGAUGAAGUGUUGUGGCCAUCUAAGAAUGAAGGCGAUUCAAGCCUUGAAGUUGCUGCUUAUCACACUUUCUUUCCAGAUACUGUAUGUAGUUCACUGAUUCCGAUUAAGGAUUUUGUAACUAAUUCUGCGGUUAUCUCAGCCGGCCUUUCAUUUUUCUAAAACACAAACGCUAAACUGCGAUUCCACAGUGCAGUUUUGUUCAUUAACCUUUAUCAUAUUUGAUUGCACUGUUAAAUAAAUAUGUUUGCAUUUGAUCAAACCCAGUUAGUUUUACCUGAAAGGGACAAUGUUCAAGUGUAAACAUCGCAACAUAGCACAGAAAUCCCAUAUUGGGCAUAAACUAGUCCUUGUAAAUUUUCUUUGUGUGUUCAAUUGAUUUUUUUCUUUUUGCCAAGCAAAUAUGACUGGUUGAUUUAUUCCACUGAAU